AUGGAAUCCAUAAAUGUUUUCACUAAUGAUAAUCCUGAAGAAUAUGAUGUUGUUGAAGAUGAAGAUGGUAUUGAACCUAAGAAUGUAAAAGAAGUUAUGGCUGACGAGUUUUGGAUAAAUGCUAUGCAAGAGGGAUUCGGUCAAUUCAUAAGGAAUAAUGUAUUGGAGUUAGUUCCAAGACCUGAAUAUGUAAAUGUCAAUGGUAGUAAGUUAAUAUUCAAGAAUAAGUCUGAUGAAUGUGGGAAUAUAACAAGGAACAAGGAUAAGCUAGUUUCUCAAGGAAUGUCAGACCAGAUGGUGGAGCAUUUUGUCCAACAAAUGAAGUCUAAAUUUGAGAUGGGUCUUGUAGGAGAACUCAAUUAUUUUAUUGAACUUCAAGUUAAACAGAUGGAAGAUAAUAUUUUUGUAUCUCAAAGCAUGUAUUCUAAGAGUAUAGUGAAGAAGUUUCCUCUUGACAAUGCAAUCCACAAAAGAACUCCUCCUACUACUCAUGUGGAAGUAACCAAAGAUAAAAAUUCAGUUGAUAUAGAUCAAAGUUUAUACAAAAGCAUGAUUGGGAUUCUACUCUACCUCACAACAAGUAGACCUGGUAUCACAUUCUAUGUAGGUGUUUGUGCCAUAUAUCAAGCUAAGCCCAAGACUAGUCAUCUUACUCAAGUGAAGAGAAUUUUGAGCUAUAUCAAUAAGACAUGUGACUAUGGUAUUCUCUAA